CUUGAGCCGAUAUAUUAUUUGGCUUAUUCCUUUGGCCCGAAUUAGGGUUUCGUCUCGACUUCCUUUCUGCCCCAAAUUAGGGUUUUAAGUAGAGCCUCGCUCGAUCGACGGCGCUCUAACACACGCACAGAAGAACCAGAUACCGCGGAGCUAUGGCGAGGAUCAAGGUACACGAGCUGAGACAGAAGUCGAAGGCGGAGCUUUUGGCUCAGCUGAAGGAUCUGAAGGCGGAGCUCGCCUCCCUUCGAGUCUCCAAGGUCACCGGCGGCGCCCCCAAUAAGCUCUCCAAGAUCAAGGUAGUGAGGGUGUCUAUUGCCCAAGUUUUGACAGUGAUCUCCCAGACGCAGAAAGCGGCGCUAAGAUCAGCCUACCAGAACAAGAAGUACUUGCCCCUUGAUCUUCGUCCUAAGAAGACCAGAGCCAUCCGCAGACGCCUUACUAAGCACCAGGCAUCUCUGAAGACAGAAAGGGAGAAGAAGAAAGAAAUGUAUUUCCCAUUGAGAAAGUAUGCUAUUAAGGUUUAACGUAUCAUUCAUACUUAGUUUUUAAGAUUUGUUAUUUUCUUUUGGCUUCUGGUAAGUUGUUAAAGUACUCUCUCCAUUUGGACAUCUUCUCUUAAGACAUUGUUAUCAAUGUACUUGAUUUUUGUUGAAUGUAUGUUGGAUUUUGAAUAUUUUAUCACUAGUAGUUUUAAAACUAUUUCAUCAGUAGAGUUAUUUUAUUGUGUUUCAAAACCACACAAGGUAUAUAUACAUAUUUUGAAAAUGAUAUGUUGUAGCACUUGAAAAACAACUAUACAUGUUACAGUGUUCUAAUAACAUCCUUUUUAUAAG